AGGGAGGGUGAGAGAGGGAUAUUCACUAAUUAGAUAGUAGAUAAGAACUACUUUAAGUGAAGGGAAAGAGAGCACACAACACAGGGGAGGUCAGCACAAUUGGAUUAAACCAAAAGCAAAGAAGUUUCCUGAAUAAACUGAAUGCUUUGAAGGCCAGCGUAGCAGGGGCAGAGGUCUGGGGACCAGGGUUUCAGGGGACAUCUAAGUCAGUUGGCAUAAUAAAAUCUAUUAAGAAAACAUUCUGCAUCCCACUUUGAAGAGUGGCAUCUGGGGUCUUAAACACUAGCCAGCAGACACCUAAGAUGCAUCAAUUGGUCUCAACCCACCUGGAUCAAAGGAGAAUGAAGAACACCAAGGACACAAGGUGAUUAGGAGCCCAAGAGACAGAAGGGGCCACAUGAACUAGCAACUACAUCAUCCUGAGACCAGAAGAACUAGAUGGUGCCCGGUUACAACGGAUGACUCCCCUGACAGGGAACACAACAGAGAACCCCUGAGGGAGCAGGAGAGCAGUGGGAUGCAGACCCCAAGUUCUCAUAAGUCCAGACUUAAUGGUCUGACUGAGACUGGAAGGACCACAGUGAUCAUGGCCUCCAGACCUUCUGUUGGCCCAGGACAGGAACCAUUUCUGAAGCCAACUCUUCAGACAUAGAUUGGAGUGGACAAUGGGUUGGAGAAGGAUGCUGGUGAGGAAUGAGCUUCUUGGAUCUGGUGGACACUUGAGACUAUGUUGGCAUCUCCUGCCUGGAGGGGAGAUGAAAGGGUGGAGGGGGUUAGAAGUUGGCGAAUAGGACACAAAAGAGAGAGUGGAGGGAGAGAGCAGGCUGUUUCUUUAGGGGGAAGAGUAAUUCGGAGCGUGUAGCAAGGUGUAUAUGGGUUUUUGUGUGAGAGACUGACUUGAUUUGUAAACUUUCACUUAAAGCACAAUAAAAAUUAUUUUAAAAAAACAUGGUGAAUAUAACUAUUAGCAUUUAUUAUCUCCAUUUUACAGAUGAGAAAAGUGAGGCUCAGAGAGGAGAAAUACCCCAUGUCACCCAGUCAGGAGGUGGCUUUAUGAGGGUUAAUCAUGAUCAGAGUAGGACAUUGCCUAGCCUAAGGUCCAACAUACAAUAUUCUCUCAGUAGUUGAGAACUAGGGUAGGCUGUUAACCUGAAUUCAAAGGGCUGCCUUGUUUUUCCCCUCAGCCCAAGACAUUCCAUGGUGGCUUUCCAUAUUGGCUGCUCUGCUUCUGUCCCUGGAGGGGACGGUAGAAGGUCUCAGGUACCUAAGCAGACCCAAAAGAAGAAGGAUUAAAUAUGUUAACAGACUUGUUGAGGCCUCUCUGAUUGUUGAGGGGGUGGCUGUCACUUGGAGUGGCCUGGGCUGCUUUGGGCCUAUCUGGGCAUUUCCUCGGGCUACCAGCCCUCACCCUAUCCUUGAAAUGGUUCUGGCUGGGUAGCAGUCCCUAGGUGUUGUGGGCGAAAUUUGGGACUGGUUUAGGGCGGAGACAAGACAGAGAACACAGGUUUCUUUGUGAUGCAGGAGAGAGGGAGGGCAGAAGGAAAUUGGAGACCCCAUUCCACCCUGAGUUUCUCUGUUGCUCACAGUGCAGGAUGACUUGUUCCCCAGUGAUCCUUGGUGUCAUCGUCUUGCUUUCUGCCUUACCAGGCCCGGUUGUUGGGGGUCGUCCCAUGCCCAAGCUGGCUGACCGGAAGCUGUGUGCUGAUGAGGAAUGCAGCUACCCCAUUUCCAUGGCUGUGGCCCUUCAGGACUAUGUGGCCCCUGACUGCCGCUUCCUGACCAUACAUAGGGGCCAAGUGGUGUAUGUCUUCUCCAAGCUGAAGGGCCGCGGGCGGCUCUUCUGGGGAGGCAGCGUUCAGGAAGGUUACUAUGGAGACCUGGCGGCCCGCCUGGGCUAUUUCCCCAGCAGCAUUGUCCGCGAGGACCAUACUCUGAAACCCGGCAAAAUUGAUGUAAAGACGGAUAAAUGGGAUUUCUACUGUUAGUGAGCCCAGCCUACCGCCGCCCUUGCUGUCUUCCCUCCCUGGCUUUAUGCAAAUACAUCAGCGAGCGCAAACUGCGGAUCUCUGUGGUCUAUGGGGUGGGGCAGGGAUGUACGAAGGAAA